CGGCGGCGGCGGCGAGCGCGCGGCAGCGGCGAGCGCGCGGCGCCCCAUUCAUGAUCCAGCGCGCGGGGCCGGUGCCCGGGAAAGCGGAGCCGGUGCCCGGGAAAGCGGCGCCGGUACCGCCGGUAUGGAGACAUCGGGGCAUCUCCACGAUUCGGGCGUGGGGGACCUGGAGGAGGACGGUCGGUGUCCCUGCCCCUUACCGGGGGAUGAACGGUCACCGCCGCCGCCUCCCGCCGCGCUGCCGCCGCUCCAGCACAGCCUGUUGCACUCCUCGCCCGGGUCGUUACGGGCCCCUCCUCCUCCUCCCGCCGCCCCCGCCGCCCUCCACCCUUCCUCCCGCCACGGCAGCCAGCUCAACCUCGGCGACCACCCGGCGGGCUCCGGGGCGGGGAGCGGCAAACACCGGCAGCCCAGCCCGUUGGUGCACCGGCGGGACAGCAACCCCUUCACCGAGAUCGCCAUGAGCUCCUGCAAGUACAGCGGGGGGGUAAUGAAGCCCCUCAGCCGGCUCAGCGCAUCCCGCAGGAACCUCAUCGAGGCUGAGCCGGAGGCUCAGCCCUUGCAGCUUUUCGGUGCCGGCGGACCCCCGGAGAUCGUCGUCUCCCGGGAGGACAACCACGCGCCCGCCGCCCGCCGCCCCGACCGCCCGCCUGCCCGCCCGGCCCCCGCCACCUUCGCCAAGGGGCCCAAGCGCAAAGCGCAGAACAUCGGCUACCGGCUGGGGCACCGCCGGGCGCUCUUCGAGAAGAGGAAGCGCCUCAGCGACUACGCGCUCAUCUUCGGCAUGUUCGGCAUCGUCGUCAUGGUCAUCGAGACCGAGCUCUCCUGGGGGCUCUACUCCAAGGACUCCAUGUUCUCCCUGGCCCUGAAAUGCCUUAUCAGCCUCUCCACCGUCAUCCUCCUGGGCCUCAUCAUCGCCUACCACACGCGGGAGGUGCAGCUCUUUGUGAUCGACAACGGAGCCGACGACUGGCGGAUAGCGAUGACGUAUGAACGCAUCCUCUACAUCAGCCUGGAGAUGCUGGUUUGUGCCAUACACCCCAUCCCUGGGGAGUACAAAUUUUUCUGGACAGCCCGCCUGGCUUUCUCCUACACGCCUUCUCGGGCAGAGGCGGAUGUGGACAUCAUCCUGUCCAUCCCCAUGUUCCUGCGCCUCUACCUGAUCGCUCGGGUGAUGCUGCUGCACAGCAAGCUCUUCACCGACGCCUCCUCGCGCAGCAUUGGGGCGCUCAACAAGAUCAACUUCAACACCCGCUUUGUCAUGAAGACCCUCAUGACCAUCUGCCCCGGGACGGUGCUGCUGGUCUUCAGCAUUUCCCUCUGGAUCAUCGCUGCGUGGACGGUCCGGGUGUGCGAGAGGUACCACGACCAGCAGGACGUAACCAGCAACUUCCUGGGUGCCAUGUGGCUCAUCUCCAUCACCUUCCUCUCCAUCGGCUACGGCGACAUGGUCCCGCACACCUACUGCGGGAAAGGCGUCUGCCUGCUCACCGGCAUCAUGGGCGCCGGCUGCACGGCGCUGGUGGUGGCUGUGGUGGCCAGGAAGCUGGAGCUCACCAAAGCUGAGAAGCAUGUCCACAACUUCAUGAUGGACACGCAGCUGACGAAGCGGAUCAAGAACGCGGCAGCCAACGUCCUGCGGGAAACGUGGCUCAUCUAUAAGCACACCAAGCUGCUGAAGAAGAUCGACCACGCUAAAGUCAGGAAGCAUCAGAGGAAGUUCCUACAAGCCAUUCACCAGUUGAGGAGUGUGAAGAUGGAGCAGAGGAAGCUGAGCGACCAAGCCAACACCCUGGUCGACCUCUCGAAGAUGCAGAACGUGAUGUACGACCUCAUCACCGAGCUCAACGACCGCAGCGAGGACCUGGAGAAGCAGAUCAGCAGCCUGGAGUCCAAGCUGGAGCAGCUGAGCGCCAGCUUCAACUCCCUGCCCCUGCUGAUGGCCGACAUGCUGCGCCAGCAGCAGCAGCGCCUGCUCGCCGCCGUCCUGGAGGCGCGGGGGGUCGGUGUGCCGGUGGGCACCCCCCAAACCCCUCUCUCCGAGAGCCCCAUCGGGGUCAGCUCCACCUCCUUCCCCACCCCUUACACGAGCUCAAGCAGCUGCUAAAACGCAGCCCCCCCUCAGCCCCCCCCACGGACAGGGGAAGCGUUUCCACGUAGGUCCCGAGGUCUCCAUGGACUUUCUUCUGGUCCUCGAACCGCCGCAGGACCCUUCGGCCGGAGCCGGUGGGACCAGCAGUGCCGAGCGAUGCUCGGAGCUUUGCCAACGCCUUGGUAUCGGGAAUCGCAUCCCCAUUCAGGUGCCUCUACUCGUGGUGAAGGAAGGGGACGGGAGGCGACGCCUCGGGCGAGCCUGCGCCGUGGCGUCCGGUGGCGGACGGAAAACCCACGCUCAAUCUCAGGUCUUCACAUUUGAAAACAAACCAACAAGUCAGAAGCACUGAAGCAACGGAGACACCAGAAGGGAGAGGUUUCCUCCCCUGCGUGGACCCUGCCGGGGGCCGGGGCGCUCCCCUCGCCCCCCGCCCCUCUCAGCAUCGCAAAGCCCCGCCGGGCAGAUGCCAACGUGGUGGUUUCUUGCACAGGCUCUGACCUACACUGCCCACGCUCCAUCCCAUCUCCUUACCAGGACUCGCACGAACCCCCCACCUCGCAUUGCCAGUGGGGUGACAGUGUCUGGCUGUAACCUGCCUGGGGAGUUCUCCGGGAGCCGUGAGUGUUUUCUGCCCAGGCAGAACAAAGGACUCUUCUUCUUUUUGGUCCUCGCUGUCAUAUUCUGCCUGGAGACACGUGCCGGAGCCAGGAAAGCAGUGCCUAAAGCGUGCGGGGCCGCGGGGCCGGGCAGGGCUGCCCCCAGCCAGUGCAGCGAUGGCUAAUGACAGGGCUGGCGGGCCAGCCCGGGUGCCGGGGGGGGGGUCUCCAGAUGUUCACAUCGCCACCCGCCCGAGACACCACCCCUACCCCACCCCACCCCCCCCCAGCAUUUUGGGAAGCCAGCAGGCUCUUUGCAGCGGCCUCAAAACUGCCGGAUGAAAAAAAAAAAAAAAAACAAACCAUCGGCUACAACCGCCUCCGCUCACACCGGGAACGUCCACGCUCGAGCCCAGCCGGCAGCGCCGAAUCCGCCGGGGUCGAGCAGGAGCAAGUGCUGUCGUAGCGGGGGGCAGGCACUUCAUCUGUUUAAAACAAAGCCCAUCGCCUUCGUGCCGCUUCUGCUGGGUUUGGUGGGGAUCAGCAGCACCGUCCGGCGCCGUCUCGGCAAUGGCACAGCUGCCACCUGUGCCUGCCAAAGCACAGCCCCUCAUGCUUUAUCUUUUUUUUUUUUUUUUUUUUUAUGCUGGCAUUCAGCUUUCUGAGGUACCCUUGCAUCACCUGGCUACUUCUGGAACCAGCUAUUUUCUAUUCUGCUUUCACCAUUUCACCCUUUUUCCUCCCCAGUUCUGCCCCGGGGUCGUGUUCAGGGUCUGCUGGCUCCUUGCAUGGAGCCCUGCCUGCUGCUGCUGGGCUCCGGCUUUGGGGCUGCUGUUUGCUGCUUUCAAUGAAAACUCAGCAGAGGCUAUUUAUAUAUUUUUAAACAGAUGAAGUAACCAUGUAAUUACUCCACGAUAUUAAUUACACCUCACCCAGCAGUGUCAGUAAUUGUAAUCAAAGUCACUGUGUUACUCCAGGUAUACUCGGCCUGUAAUCUCCUUUGUAACUCUUUCCCUUCCAUAAAUAACGCUGGAUUUUGUGCGCACGUAGGCAGGGACGUCUCAGCCCAAUGCCGAGGAAUUUCUGUGCAAAACUCCACUUGCUGCUGGUGGUAGGUGGUUUACUCCUUGUGCCCUGCAAUUAAAGUUACGUAGAAAACAAGCAGUAGUUAGCGAGGAGCCCUCUCCCCCGCCGGCCCCAGCCAGCGGCAGGAGGAGAAGGAGGAGGAGGAGGAGGAAGGCUGCAAGGUAACAGCAGGAGUGCUGCAAAAUGAGCUCCCGGUGCUGCAGAGGUGGUUGCGUUGAGCCCGUUGGUAGCAGGGUAGCGAGCCACGGUCGUUCCCAUCACAUUCAGGGAGGGAAGGAGAACGCACGGCGAUCGCUGCCAGCCUUUUCUGGUCCGCGGCCGGCUGGAGAUACUCGGCUUCUGGGAAUGAGCUGCUCUUCCCCUCUUCCAAGCUCUUGUCAUUAGUGUAAUUGCAGGGUGGGCAGGACGGCUGAGAGAGUGUCGCUGCCUUGGCAGCCCCCGAAGGUCUAUUCUUAGCCCUGCUGCUGCUCCCUGUGUGCCUCCAGGUGACCCUCAGCCCUACCUCCCCAGCGGGAAAAGCUUCUGCCCGUCUCCAUAAGGAGCCUUCCAGCAUGGCAAUGGAGAAAAGGUUGCAAAUUUGGAGAAUGAGCCUGAAACGCAGUGUCUCUGCUGGUCUGCAGGCAGCCAGCAGAGAAAAACACUUCCACGCCUCUCCUGGGAUUUGGGCAGGAACAAACUGCCACGUGCAAUGGGGCUGUGCACGGGGCGAGGUGCAGGGAUGUGUCCUAGAGCAUCAGAGAGCUGGAGGAAGUAUUGAUGCUCGGGAAUUGAUACUGCCAGCGGGAACCUCCUUAUGGGCUAAUGAUCAAGUCUGGGAAAUCAAACCGAGUAAGUCAAGACCAGGCACUGUCAGCUUGCUGGGACUGGAGACGCUGAAGGGGCAUGAAGGACCAGUGGUGAGAGCUUCAGGAUCGCAACUGGUGCACAAGAUGGGGCAGAGCCGCCGCUUCAGCGGGAUUUCACCAGGGCUGACAGGAGCUGGGCUGGGGCAGUGUGAUGUCCACACCUCGCAGCCCACACCCUGUAUCCUCCAGCCUCACCCCUGCACAACCUGCACCCCAAAGGAACCCCUCGGCCUGAAACCUUGCAGCCCUGGGUCUGCACCCUACUCUGCACCUUUCACCCUGCAUCCUUUCCACCCCUGCACCCCCUCAGCCCCCACCCUGCAUCCCAUACACCCUGCACCCCCCCUAUUGCACCCACACCCCUGCCAGUGCUUCAACACUGGUGCCAGUAGCCCUGACCCAUUGCCCUGAGCACCCAGCUCACCGCACCCCACCGAAGCCAACACAAAGACUAACCCCCCCACCCAGCCCUGCUGCCGGGACCGGGGAGCCGCCCCGAGGCCACGGUGAGGGCAGGCAUGGGGGGGAGCCCCCAGCACCCCAGCAUUGCCCAGCCCACGGCAUCCCCUGGUGUUGGGGGGCUCUGGGCCUGGGGUGUCUGCCUGGAGCUGCCACCCUGCUCCUUGCAAGUGGCUCUCGGUCACCAGCAGUUGAGCAGAUUCGAGCUGGAAUGUCCCUUCCUUGUGGCGGCUGGCAGGGCUCCGGUAAAUUGCUCCGGUAAAUGCUCCCCAGCCGGUGCUGUCUACAAACCUGAGAAUGUUAUUUUGGAGCCUGCGGCCCCCGAAAGGCAUCGGGACAAGCGGAGAGAAGAGCUGGGACCAGCGACCGAGGCGGAGGAAAAGCACAAGAACAAAACUGCGAUGCAGAGUUAUAAUCCCAAAGAGAUGCCGACCUCCCACAGCUGGGAAGCAUCCGACCCCCCACGCCGAUGGGGCUGAACCCCGAAGCCCCUCCAGGACCCACCUAGCCACAGCCAGUCUCAUUUUCGGCACAGCCUCGGGUUUUUUUUGCUCCUUGAACCUCCUCCCUGCGCUGCCUGCGAGGAAACGUCCUAGAAACGCCAGAAAAAUACCACGUCCUCUGCAAACUCACAGACGUUUCUGUCUAGACUUAAGGAGCUUCGACCUGGGUUUGCAUCUUGCCUCUGUACUGCUCGCUUCUUUUUUAACAAUAGGGGAAAGCAUAAUAGUUUAUUUUAACUAUGAAAUAUAUUGCUAUAUUAUAAAGGUUAUUGUAACUUUCAAUUAUGGUUUUGUACCCAACCCGGUUGUCAGCAGGCAGCGACGCCAGCCUGCUGCCACAAAAUGUCUGUUUCUGAGUACAGCCGCUGCUCCCGGUGAGGACGGAGGCCAGGGCUGGCAGAGGAGGUGUGCAGAACCCCAACCAGAAAGGCUCCACACGCUCCCUAUCCUUUACCCCCAGGUAUUUAUUCCCAUUACCUGGAAGCUGGCCUUUAGCAGGUCCAGAUCCACGUUGCCCAACAGCACCAGAACUUUGUUUCUCCUUAGGGAAAAGUCUGCACCCCCCCCCUCCUUUUCUCCCAGGGUCUCAGCAGUUUCUGGAAAGCCAUUUCCCCCCCCUUGGUUGUCUCCAGCUGAAGGAGGGACUCAGCUCCCUGGGCAUGAGCUGUGCAGGAGCCAAAAUUCCCCCUUUCCCCCAGGAUAGAGGCUCUCGUGGAAGAAGUGGUCGGGGGGCGCGCUGCUUCCCUCCUCCAGCCGGACUUUCGGCACAUUUUGGCUCAGCGUGGGCAGGAUCCAGGCAGGGUUUGAAACAGGGAAUCACUCGUGCCUAGGAAAGGGUGAGGGUGCAAACAUCCUCCUCCGCGGAAAAGCUGGUCGCUGAAACACGCUGCUCUGCAUUUGGUCUGGGGACCGGCAGGCAGGCAGGACCGUUCCUGCCCGCUUUGGCUCCCUUAGACCUGGAGCCGGGCUGUGUGGGGUUUGCUCAGAAGGAGGCAGGCGGCAAGAGCGUGCUCACUUUUUCUUCUCAGGUCAACACCUAAUUUCUGGGAUGGGGGUAAGGGCAGCCCUGCCCGGGUGAUCUGCGCUGCCACAGGCAAGGGCUGCGUUCCUGGGAGCGAUUUCGCUCUCUCGGGGUGAAUUGCUUUGAGGGAACGCAGCCACGGUGCCCAGGAGGUGACCUGCCCCGGGGAGCUGCGCCUUUUGCUCGCUUCAACCUCAGGCUGUGAUGGUGUAGGGGGACGAAGCCUUGAGCACGAGAGAAACACGAUGAGGUUGCAGAGACUGCUCCGUCUCAGCCUUCCAGCUAGCUGAUGUACUCCUUGAGCCUUAGAGAGUAUCUCUUCCUUACCUCCAGCCCCUGAGCUGCUGGACCUGAUUCCCACUGGAUCGAGAUCUGUGGGCAAAUAAGUCUUAAAAUGUUCUUUUGCAGCCCUGAUGCUCCUUCCUGGCCAGUCUUCCCACAUGGAGCGUGACCAUGUCCGGGAACAAGCCAGCGCCUACGGGACCAAUUCUUGCUGCUUUUGUCCAGUGAAAGCCUAAAACCCCCUACACCGGCUCUUCCCCAUCAGAGUUGUCGUCACUGCCGUGCUGUCAUAGUUAUCACCGUAAUUACUGUCACAAUUGUGCUGGUCUGACCCUCCCAGACCAGUCAAGCCCAGUAGGGUCAGGUCCCAGCAGCAAUGAGCUGCCACCAGCUCUGGUGGCUCCUUGCUGGGCCCUAAACCCAAAAUCCCCCCGCAGAAACCAGCUGGCAGAUGGUGGCUGCCUGGGAUUGCCCGGCUGGGGCUGUUCCUGCCCCCACACAUUUGCCCCCACUUGUCCCCCGCUUUGGGACACGGUCAGGACCAGCUCAGGCAUUUAGAGCUCUGCCAGAGGAGAGGGGCUGGUUCCCCUGGGAGGGCAGGGCUGAGCCCCCCCCUGCUGCCACCUGGGUCUGGGGGUGCCUGGGGAUUUCUAGGGUGCUUGGCCCCCCUGCACCACUCUCCCUUGGGCUCCUCCUGCCCAGCAUCUCCCAGCCAGCUCAGAACCCCGUGUGAUGGACACCAGGUAGGUUUAAUGGGGGGGAAGGUGAUUUCUCAGCAGUUUGAGAAGGGGAAGAUGCUGCUGCAAGGCUCAGUACUGGUCCCAGCUUCUCCUCUCUCAGCUCUGAGCUCCCUCCCAGAAGGCACCCAGGUGGCAGAGAGGGGCUUUUGCAGGGGAGAGGAAAAGCCUCUCCAUGGGAUUACUUAUUUCCCUGUUGGAUGAGCCACCUUGGAGCCCCGUGGGCCACAGGGCAGGGCUCCGGCACCGCCUGCUCGAUGGGGCUGGAGACUGGUGCUCCGGGCACUGCAAGACGCGCGCCCAGCUCCGCUCCUCCUUCUGCCCAAAGUGUUCUUCCCCUCGCUGAGGUCUCGGCACACCCUGACCCGCCGACGCACCUCCCAGCAGGAGCCAUUUGCGUGUCUCCGUGGUCAGGAUCUGGCCCCGGGCUUACAUCCCUCCUUCUGGUCCGAUCUCUUGGCCAGGGGGAAGGGAGCGGGCACUGGCCCGUCCCCACAACAUUGCCAUAAACCCAAGCUGUACCCAGAAACAGGCAUGUUUUAAACUAUGGCUUUAACCUGUUCACUGUAAAAAGUGCCUUGGACUUUAAUCUGAAGAGGUCAGUAUCUAUAAAUAUUUACCUGUGCGGGUGUGUAAGUAUGCAGCUAUCUAUGUAUAGUUACACACACAAAUAUAUGAUAUAUACGUACAUCUA